GAGCACGCCAUGACGCGUUCAUGUGUUCAGCUUCUCUCUGCAUGGAUGGAGGGUCCUGCUUUCUGUGAAGGAAAGAUCCAACCUGAAAGACCCCAACAAGACCCUAAAGACCCCAACACGACCCUAAAGACCCCAACAAGACCCCAACACGACCCUAAAGACCUCAACACGACCCUAAAGACCUCACCAAGACCCUCAAGACCCCAACACGACCGUAAAGACCCCAACACGACCCUUAAGACCCCAACAAGACCCCAACAAGACCCUCAAGACCCCAACACGACCCUAAAGACCCCAACAAGACCCCAACACGACCCUAAAGUGCCCUUAAGACCCCAACACCACUAUAAAAUCCCUUACACGACCCUAAAGACCCCAACACACACGGGGGUCUCUCAGAUUGUGAGGGUCUUGGUGCCCCCCUGUGGGGAUCUUAAAGGGUUGGAUCUUUCUAAAAACACAUUUUUCUCUCUGUAG